AUGCGUUUACCUUUGUGUCCUGAGCUGACCAGAGAUCACAUUCCUAAAGCUAGAGAUGUUGGCCACUUCCUGUUCGUUACGGGCACGGUCAUCCGCACUAGUGUGACCAAAGUGCUGGAGUUUGAGAGAGACUACAUGUGCAAUAAAUGCAGGCACGUGUUCUCCGUGGAGGCUUCUUUUGAGCAGUUUUACACCUUCACUCCACCCACCAGCUGCCCCAGUGAGGAUGGAUGUAAUUCUUUCAAAUUCACCUGCCUGUCAGGAAAAGUGACGCCCCUCGACGCCUGCAAGGACUAGGAGAUCAAAAUCCAAGAGCAGGUACAGAAACUGUCGGUGGGCAGUAUCCCUCGAUCCAUGCUCAUCAUCCUGGAGGACGAUCUCGUGGACAGCUGCAAAUCAGGCGAUGACAUCACAGUGUAUGGAGUUGUGUGUCAGCGCUGGAAGCCAAUGUUUCUGGAUUGCCGCUGUGAUGUGGAGAUUGUGCUGAAAGCAAACUAUAUCGAGGUCAAUAAUGAGCAAUCCACCACAACACUGGUGCUAGAAGACAUUCAGAAGGAGUUUGAAGAUUUCUGGGACAGUCACAAACAUGACCCCAUUGCUGGCAGGAAUGAGAUCUUGAUGAGUCUUUGCCCUCAGGUGUUCGGCAUGUACGUCGUCAAGCUGGCUGUUGCUAUGGUUUUGGCAGGUGGGGUACAGAGAAUAGAUGCGUCUGGAAGCAAGGUGAGAGGAGAGUCUCAUCUGUUGCUUGUGGGCGAUCCAGGCACUGGAAGUCACAGUUUUCUGAAGUACGCGGCUAAGAUUACACCACGCUCUGUGCUCACCGCAGGAAUCGGAUCUACUAAUGCAGGUCUGACAGUGGCGGCUGUCAAGGACUCUGGAGAGUGGCACCUGGAGGCUGGAGCCCUCGUUCUCUCUGAUGGAGGCCUGUGCUGCAUCGAUGAAUUCAACAGCAUCAAAGAGCAUGACCGCACUAGCAUCCACGAGGCCAUGGAGCAACAAACCAUCAGCGUGGCCAAAGCUGGAAUGGUGUGCAAACGUUCCAUCACCACCAUCCUGGCAGCUACUAACCCAAAGGGGCAGUAUGACCCUAAUGUGUCCGUUUCUGUGAAUGUGGCCCUCGCCAGCCCCCUGCUGAGCCGCUUUGACCUCGUACUGGUUCUGCUGGAUACUAAAAACCCAGAAUGGGACAAAAUAAUCUCCUCCUUCAUCCUACAGAAUAAAGGAGCGCCGAGUGAGUCUUCAUGUUUAUGGAGUAUGGAGAAGAUGAGGGCCUAUUUCUGUCUGAUCAAGACUCUUAAGCCUUGUAUGACACAGGAAGCAAACACCAUCCUGAGCCGCUACUAUCAGCUGCAGAGACAGAGUGACAGCCGUAACGCCGCCCGGACGACCACGCCCGCUAUCCGCAUGCUGGAGAGUCUCAGCCGUCUCUCUGAGGCUCAUGCCAGGCUGAUGUUCAGAGAGACGGUGACAGUAGAGGAUGCGGUUGUUGUGGUGUCCGUUAUGGAGUGCUCCAUGCAGGGAGGCGCCCUACUUGGAAAUGUGAAUGCUCUGCACACCUCUUUUCCUGAUGACCCCUAUGAACAGUAUAAAACACAGUGUGAGAUAACUGAAAAGAUAAAUUGUGCGACUGUGAUAAAAAGUUUUAUUUCAUCGGAGCCCUUCAAAGAUCUGAGAUUCCUACUAAGAACAGAUUUUAUGUUCCUCGUUAGGCUAAAGAACAGAAGACCGGACUCCCUUAAAGUGACCGAAUCACGUACUGACCACACUACUGAGCGCCCAAACAGUCAGAAUCACAGUAAUGUUGAGAUGACCACUGAUUCAGACCCUAGUUUGGACUGGUUCCACUCCUUAUCCAGCUCCGUCGUUCACACCUCCCCCGUCAUUACUUCCACACAGAACACCACCACGACACUGGGCAGGAUGGUGUUGCCUAGCAACAGCCAUUCCAUACACCACAAGGGUUCUGUGUGGGAGAAGGAUGAGGAUUCAUCUGUGGUUGAGGCUGUUGUGGAAAGGGGCUCCAAAAAGCUCAGAGCCAGACGGCUGAAAGAGAUGAAAGCAUCCCUCCUGCUGAAGGUGGUAAGCGUUUUAGGAGAGACAGGCGACAAUUUAGAGAAGUUGUUCUCCCACAGUACACCCAAGACAGGGAAGAAACCGUCAAAAAGGAAAAACACAGCCACCAGUCCUCCUGACAUAGACCAGGAGGCUGAUUUCAGAGCCGAGAGUAGAGAGGAUUUAGAAAGUAAACUCACAAACUUCACAUUCAAGCCCAGAGAGAGAAUGACUCACGCCGAUCAGUAGGUUGCAAAAGCAAGUGCCAAAGUGGCGGUGCAUGUGGGGGUGAAACCAACUGUACCUCAGAUGCCAGAAAAACAGGCCAAAAGAGGGAAUCAGUCAAGCUCACGUCCUCCAGCAGAGGGCAGCAGAGCUACUAAGACACUCCGGCUAGGAAGUCACAAUAAAACCAAAGUUUCCUCUGAGGUCUUGAAUGAUGAGAGCACAGCUAGGAAAGGGACGUCUGAGGACACUGAACAUCAACAACAGCUGCUGUUCAGACUGAAUAGUCUCUCUCCGGGUCAGAAUAAUAGCAACACUAAUAAACACCCACAAUCCCCACAAAGGACAGACCACCCAAAGGUGAAGGUGGCCAGUUCAACCCUGGCCAAACUUUCCAGAUUCUCUUUUAUGGGCUCAUCUGAGGAAAAGACCAGUGAUGAAAUAAUUCCAGCUACACAAAUGGCCGUAAACGGCAGUACAAGCAAAGUGCCAACAACUCUGCUUUUUUGAAGAGCAGGAGAACACAAGCACACAGACCAGAAAAAAUAUAACCACAGAUGCGAAGACCAUCACAGUGCAGACGGGCAACAUUAGGACAGAACCUCACAAUAGACAGGAAGACUCCAGAGAGAGCACUACAAAGAAGAGGAGAUGUUUUGAAUUGGGCUCCGGAGGCUCCGCAGGACUCCUCAAAGGUUUUUCACUGUUCAGCUCAUCAGUCAUAGACGAUGAAGAUCUAGACGCUGACUGGAACUGAUGUAGCAGGAGACAUUUGUUAAGUGUGUUAGCAGUAUAUGUAUUUUUUUUUUUAUGCAGUGUGGUGUGUUUUAAUGGCUGCCAAACAGAUUCUGAUGUCACAGUAAAGAGUGUCUAUUUGCACUUUUGUUUUCAUUUUAGUCAAUAUCAAUUACAUAUUUAUGGCUGGUUUUGUUUUCUCAGUAAUUAAU